UGAAGAAGCCUAAUGUGGAAGUCCUGUGCUGGCGUGGUUACACGUGGUCUGCGGUUGUGAGGCUGGUUGGACGCACUGCCAAAUACCCUAAAGCGAUGUUGGAGACGGCUCAUGCUAGAGAAAUUAACAUUCAAUUUUCUGGCAACCACUCUGGUGGACAUUCCUGCAGUCAACAUGCCAAUUUCACUAUCCCUCAAAACUUGAAACAUCUGUGGCGUUGUCUUAUUUGACAAACUGCUAAUUUUAGAAUGUCCUUUUAUUGUUCCCAGCACAAGGUGCACCUGUGUAAUGAUCAUGCAGUUUAUGAGCUUCUUGAUAUGCCACACCUGUCAGGAGGAUAGAUUAUCUUGGCAAAGGAGAAAAUCUCACUUAACAGGGAUGUAAACAAAUGUGUGCACAAUAUUUUAGAGAAAUUCUCUUUUUGUGCAUGUGGAACAUUUCUGGGAUCUUUUUAUUUCAGCUCAUAAAAUAUGGGACCAACAAUUUACAUGUUGCGUUUAUAUUUAUGUUCAGUAUACUAUAGCUUCAACACUAAAAUAACAGCAGUGUUCUGAAACAACAAUGGUUUCCCUUGUUCAAAGCAUUCUAGGCCUUUCUUCAUUGUUCUCCAUUUGUUGAAGCCGUCCACGUGAGCUCUGCUUCAGUAGAUGGGUAUAAGCCAUACUGAACAUUAUUUCAGCUUUAGACUUUGUGAAAAUCAACGUAGAAGCCUGUAGCCAGAGGUGAGGAGAAUGAGCCAGAAAGAGGGUCUGAGGGCCAACUCCUUUCAGUUCACUCUGGAGGGAGAGCCCUUUCGCAUCCUGGGGGGCUCUAUCCACUACUUCCGCGUCCCCAGAGCCUACUGGGAGGACCGGCUGCUGAAGAUGAGGGCCUGUGGGGUCAACACUCUCACCACAUAUGUGCCAUGGAACCUUCAUGAGCCAGAGAGAGGGGUUUUCAACUUCCAGGACCAGUUGGAUUUAAAGGCCUACAUCAGCCUAGCAGCAGAGUUGGGGCUCUGGGUGAUUCUGCGGCCAGGACCCUACAUCUGUGCUGAGUGGGACUUAGGAGGGCUCCCCAGCUGGCUGUUACGUGACAAAAACAUGAAGUUGAGGACAACCUACCCUGGCUUCACAGAAGCAGUGAACUCUUUCUUCGACAAACUCAUCCCAAUAAUUAAGCCUCUACAAUUUAAAGAGGGAGGCCCCAUCAUUGCAGUUCAAGUGGAGAAUGAGUAUGGCUCAUAUGCAAAGGAUGAACACUACAUGCCUUAUAUAAAGGAGGCUCUACUAUCCAGAGGAACCAAUGAACUCCUGCUGACAUCAGACAACCGGGAGGGGCUCAAAUGUGGAGGAGUGGAUGGAGUUCUCAAGACGGUAAACCUUCAAAGACUGGCCUACGGAACAAUACAAUAUUUAGCGUACAUGCAGCCCCAGAAACCUCUGCUUGUAAUGGAGUACUGGUCUGGGUGGUUCGAUGUCUGGAGUGAAUCUCACCACGUGUUUCCAGCAGAGGACAUGUUGGCUGUGGUGUCACAGAUACUGGAGCCAGGUGUAUCCAUCAACCUCUAUAUGUUCCAUGGAGGAACCAGCUUUGGCUUCAUGAAUGGAGCUGUGGCGAACCUUGGCACUUACAAACCUCAGGUCGGCAGCUAUGAUUAUGAUGCACCGCUAUCCGAGGCUGGAGAUUACACCACCAAGUAUCAGCUCUUGAGGAAUUUAUUCAGCCAGUUUCACAGUGAGAAGCUUCCUGAGGUUCCCUCUCUCCAGGCAAGGAGAGUGUAUGAGCCUGUCAUCAUUCAGCAGCAUCUGUCACUGUGGGAGAGCCUGCAGUUUACUGAGAAGCCCUUGAAGUCAGAGGAGCCUGUCAACAUGGAGAACCUUCCUGUCAACAGUAAUAAUGGUCAGUCCUAUGGCUACACUCUAUAUGAGACCACCAUCAGCAGGGGAGGCCUUCUGAACUCCAAGAAAAAUGUUAAAGACAGAGCCCUGGUGUUUGUGGACAGACACUUUGUUGGUGUCCUGGACUAUAAAUCGGUGGAGUUUGCACUGCCUGAUGGGAAGGGAGAGCGAACAUUGAGUUUACUUGUGGAGAACUGUGGAAGAGUGAAUUAUGGGAAAGCCCUAGAUGAUCAGCGUAAAGGUCUGGUGGGAGAUAUUGUAUUGAACCACGUGCCUCUGAAGGACUUUACAAUCUACUGUUUGGAUAUGAAGCCAAACUUCCUAAAGAGACUGAGUGCAGCAAGCCAGUGGAACUCAGUCCCCCAGAAGCCUUCCUUCCCAGGGUUCUUCCAGGGUAUGCUGUAUGUGGACGGCCAUCCCAGAGACACCUUCAUCAGACUGCCUGGCUGGAGUAAAGGAGUGGUCUUUAUCAAUGGGCAGAAUCUUGGACGCCACUGGUCCAUCGGUCCCCAGAAAACCCUCUACCUCCCUGGACCUUGGCUUAAAAGUGGAAAUAAUCAGAUCAUUGUGUUCGAGGAACAGAAAGCUGAUGACAAAUUAGUAUUUGUUGAAAAUCCUGAUCAUGGAAAAACAAUUGAUGUAUACAAAUAUCCAUUUUGUGUUCUGCUUUGAAAUGAUCAAUAUUUUAAAUAAAUUGACACAGCAAUUUCUUAUAACA